AAACGUCAGGAGGCCAGACGACUGUACACGUGCCACUGAAAAUGCAACCAGUGUGUGAGAAGAGGCGAUCUCCCAGUUGGGUCGUGAGAUCAUCGUGCGUUCAACUAAGCUGCGGCAUGUCAGCCACUCCGAUCCGCGAAAAAGCAUGUUUGUAUUUUGCUUACGGAAGUAAUUUGUUGACGGCUCGUUUGCGGAUCGGCUGUCCAUCUGCAGUCAAAGUUGAUAUCGCACAGUUGAAGGAUUUUCGUUUGGACUUCAAUUACUUCAGCCGCCGGUGGCAAGGAGCAGCUGCUACUAUUGUUGGAGAUCGAAAUAGUCGUGUUUGGGGCAUUGUUUGGAAGAUUUCUCAGGAUGAUCUUGCGCACUUGGAUGAACAAGAAGGUGUGAAAAAAGCCAUCUAUCGACGAUUCCGAGUGGAAGUGCGAAAUGGUUCGUCGUUCUAUUCCUGUUGGACUUAUCAAUUGGUGAGGCCACUCGAAGACGACCGUCGUCCUUCUACGGUGUACAAAUCGGUCAUAAUCAGUGGUGCCCUCGAAAACGAACUGCCCGAAGAUUACGUCGCUCAAUUACGAUCGAUAUCCGACAAUGGUUAUGACGGCCCUGUCGAAGAAUUCUUCACUGAAGAUCAUUGGGGGAAAGUACCUGAGGACUGGAGACAGUUCUUGGAAGCCGCGGAAGUUGACACAGUUCGAAAUGUCAUCGCGAAUUCUCUCAUCGAACGAUCGGAAGACCCCAAUUGGAAUAUGGAGAUGCCGGAAACAUUGGCUAAUUUUUUUGUGACAUGCGGGAAUUCAAGCCUUCCACGGAACGCUGUGGCCAACCUGCGAGAUGUAGACGAAAUAUUCAGCGAAGUUCAGCCGACUGAGGAUAAUUGGAUAUGUGGAACCCAGCUGAUGACAGUGUCGGGUGGUUGUCGACGUCACGUGAAGCCGAAAAAGCAGCAUGAGAUUUCACGGAUGGCAAAGGUCGUGAGUGUCGUUGCUAAGACUACGCAUUCGUCCGUUACUGAUUUGGGAUCAGGGCUCGGCCACCUGGCCAGGAUUCUUUGCAACGAGUACUCAUUGGAUGUUCUCGGGAUCGAGGAACAACCUCGAUUUACGGAACAAGCACGUAUUUUCGAUUUGGAAUCCCAAAGUCUUGGGAAAGAAGGCGAAGUCUCUAAACUCCCUGAACACGUGACAUUCAGUGUCAAGCCUUGGACUUCGGGAAGAUCCAUGCUCAAGGAAGUUGGCAAGGAAAAUUUGCGAUCUACGUUGUGUGGCUUGCACACGUGUGGUGAUCUCGGACCCGCCGUUUUGCGAAUGUUCGCUGAAACACAAGAAAUCGUUGGUCUCUGCUCAGUUGCGUGUUGCUACAUGAAACUGAGCGCAACUGGAGACUUCGUUGGUUUCCCAAUGUGUAAACGACUCUCUUCUGAAAAUUUCUCGCUGUCGUACGAAGCAAAGGAACUUGCUUGCCAUGCUCUUGAGAGUUUCGUGAACGGGAAACUCGUCAGUGGUUACGAAAGGCUGAAAAUUCACUGCUAUCGUGCUAUGUUGGAGAAGCUUCUGAUUCAACACGAUGGUCAGCUGAAGCGAAUCGGUGUUCGUGGUGUGAAGAAUGCGCAUUUGAUGGAUUUCAGCGAAUACGCACAUUGUGCCAUUUUGAAGUUGGAUACGAUCAAUGCCGAAGAAUUGAAUCAAUUGAUACAUUUGAAUAGUGAUUGGCUGGAUGCCGCUGCAAAAAAUUGGAAAAGAGUGUUGCUCUUUUACCUGUUGAGGCUAUGCAUUGCCCCUGUGAUUGAGACGGUGCUGCUUUUGGAUAGAAUGAUGUUCCUGUUUGAGCAAGGUGAUGAUUUGUCGAAGUUUUUCCUACGAAAUCACUUGAUUCCUCGCCAUUAAUGACGAAACGGGGCUGCUCUUCCUAGGUUUUGAUUCCUGGCUCAUUCCCAUCUUUGAUCCUGAGUUGUCGGCGAGAAAUCACGUGCUCGUUUCGCUGAAGAAUCCGAAAGAGUUCGAAUGAUGUACGCCGAUCGUCUCUCUGAAAUUCGGAAUUUUGUGACCUUAGGCGCAUAUAAAAGCAUGAAGCAGCUUUUACAUGCGUUUACAGUUUCCUUCGGAGGAAUGAUUGCAUGAAAAACAUACGGUACAUUCGUUUCGCGACGCACAUGAGAUGCGAACAUCGAUUCAUACCAUGACGGAA